ACCGAACUCUCUUCCACCCCAAGACUCAGCAUAUCACGAUGCUGGUCCUCACCGCCGCCGCCGCCGCUCUUUACGGCUUCGCCGCGCUGCCAGUCGCUCUAGCGAACCCGCUCGCUUUGCCGGCUACCAACCCACAAUGCGCAGCUAAGCUCUGCCACUGCUGCUCGGGCUCCAUACCCCUAUAUGAUGAGCACCAUCGACUGAUCGGUUUCAAACGCUUCGACAACGGAUUUAUUCACAGCCGCAUUUACGGAUGCAGAUGCAGCGUGCCCAACGACGAUGGGACUGACAACGACGGAUGCGCGGGGCGGUGUAUUCCAGAAUGAAAGUCGAGGAUGAAGGGAAAGGCCAGGAGGGUUGCUGCGUCCUGCGCAGUCGCUUAGCAAAGAAUCUCUCAGUACGCAACCAAAAGUACCAAGUCCGAC